UGUCCCGCUGGUCGACAGCCUCCGAAUUGAUGGCUAGCGGAAUGAUUCACGGAGAGGGAGACGCAUCCGACAGUUCCAAACAAUCAUUUGUAAAAUAUAUCAACUGCGAGGGCAGCCCGCAAUCGGAUAAGGCCAAAACUUCGAGAAGAUUGUCUAUAUGCAGCAAGAUAUGUUUUGCAAUUGGAGGCACUCCGUAUGAGGUGGCUGGAACCACAAUAGGCUUCUUCCUGCAAAUCUAUCUACUUGAUGUAGCUCAGAUAGCUCCAUUUCAGGCUUCCUUAGUACUGUUCGUUGGAAGAGCCUGCGAUGCCAUUACAGACCCAGCCAUUGGAUAUUUAAUCAGUAAAAGCAAGUGGACAAAGAUCGGAAGAUUAAUGCCUUGGAUUAUUGGCUCCACACCUUUUGCAGUAAUUUCCUACAUUUUCCUGUGGUAUGUACCACCACUGAAAACAGGGAGGUUCCUCUGGUAUGUAGUCUUCUAUUGUCUGUUCCAGACUCUACUCACAUGUUUCCACGUGCCGUACUCAGCCCUCAUCAUGUUUCUGAGCAGCGACCAGAAGGAGAGAGACACAGCAACUGCUUACCGUAUGACAAUGGAAGCAUUUGGAACAGUGAUUGGAGCUGCUGUCCAGGGGCAAAUUGUUGCACAGGGCCAUACCUUCAAUCACUGCCUUCUACAGAAUAUGUCAGAGGAUACCAGUACCAACUCCACUAUGAUAAUUAGUCAGCUUGAUGGCAACAUCAGCGUUUUGCAGCCAAAAGACUUGCUCUCUCAGUCGAAAGAUUCGUACAUGAUUGCUGCUGGUGUUGUUGGAGGCAUUUACAUUUUUUGUUCAAUUGUUCUGUUCUUUGGUGUGAAAGAGACAAAUGAUCCCUACACUGUGAAGUCAGGCAAACCAAUUCCUUUCCUAAAAGGAAUGAAACUUGUGAUGAGGCAUGGUCCCUACGUGAAGCUGACUACAUCUUUUCUCUUCAUAUCUUUGGCCCUUCAGCUCGUAGAGGGGAAUUUUGCUCUCUUUUGCACCUAUGCUGUAGAUCUUCGACAUCAUUUUCAAAAUAUCGUCCUUACAAUUCUGGUAUCUACUGCUGUAACCAUCCCAUUCUGGCAGUGGUUCCUACAGAGAUUUGGGAAGAAAACUGCAGUCUACUGUGGCAUUACUUGGAUUAUUCCAUUUUUAAUCAUGAUGGUUUCCAUUACAAACAAUCUGAUUGUUUCCUAUAUGGUAGCAGUCUCCUCAGGUCUGAGUGUGGCUUCAUAUUUCCUUUUGCUUUGGUCUUUGCUUCCUGAUGUGGUGGAUGAUUUUAGACUUCAAAACCCAUUCAUAAAAGGAUUAGAACCUAUAUUUUGUUCAUUUUAUGUUUUCUUCACCAAGCUUGCUGCUGGAGUUUCUCUCGGGUUCUCUACACUUAGCCUUGAAUUUGCAGGCUACGAAACGGGAGCUUGCUCUCAACCGGCCCCUGUGGCUUUCGCCCUAAAGCUGCUGGUGGGGGCAGCACCCACUGGACUGAUAAUCAUUGGAUUAUUGAUAUUCCAGUUCUACCCAAUAACAGAAGAAGUCCGAAUGAGAAACAAACUGGCACUCCAAGAGCUAAGGAACAAUAGGCAGAACUGUGAUCAUCAACUGAAUGACAUGCAGAGAAUAUUGUGACAAAUAUCAGGACUGAAUAUGACAAUCAUUUACAAGCCAUAGAUUCUAAAGUCUGCAGGAAUUGUUACUGCUGCAGUAUCUGUGUAUAUUACAUAAGCUGCAGAAGGAUGCAAAGACUAUUGCAACAAUUUAUAUUUUAAUACACCUUAUGCAAAUAUUUUUUAAACCUAAAACAAUGAAUUUAUUCAUAUAAAGAGAGAAGCUGAAAAAGUGUAGAAAUGUAACAUUGAGUAAAGGAAUGUAUAGUAUUCACACAUUCCCUCUUAUUUAAUGUUUUUCAAAUUUUAAUUUAUUACUGAGUAACCACUAACAUACUAUUUAUU